ACCACAACAUAAUCUGGGUGACCCCACUAUAAAAACAUCCCCCCUGUCCAUUUGAUUCUAUUUGAUCUCAGCAAAGACUUGGAGAAGCACGAUGGCGUGUAAGCGGUGGCUGAACUGGUUAAUGCUUGCUUUGAUAUGUCCUCUGAUCACAGGUGCUCCAUCUUCCACAGAACAUGGUACUUGUCCCACAGUGAAUCUGUCUAUUACUGGAGGGAGCUUUGUUCUUUCUAAUGAUUACUCUAAUGGAAGUAUUCUAAAAUACAGAUGUCCAGAAGGCUUUUACCCAAGUGUUAAGACACGUAUCUGUCAAAAUACAGAAUGGAAACCAGCAACCACAAAAAAACCGGCAGAGUGCAAAAAGAUCAUGUGUCCUAAUCCUCGUGUUUUGGAGAACGGAGAGAUAGCUCCAUAUAAAGAUAGGUACUAUGUCAACGACACGACCACUUACAUGUGCCAUUCCGAUUUUACAUUCCGUGGCUCAAAAAGCCGUACUUGCCAAUCUAAUGGGAAGUGGAGUGGAGACACACCUGUUUGUGGACGUGACUCUGAUCACUGUCCUGAUCCGGGCGUUCCUCCUGGUACCCAAAGAACGGGCCAAAUGUUCAAUAUUGAUGACAAAGUCACGUACCGCUGUGACAGUAAACUGACUCUGAUCGGUUCCAGUGAGCGAAUCUGCCAGGAAGGUGGCCAAUGGUCAGGGACAGAACCACAAUGUUACGCUGAUUUUACAUAUGACACACCAGAGGAAGCAUCACAAUCGUUCAGCAGUUCUCUGAAGACAAACCUGGAGUUUUAUAAACAAUAUGAAGAAACAGAUCAAGAGGGGAAGAAAAUAAGACUGGAUCAGGGGGGAAAACUUGACAUCUAUAUUGCUCUUGAUGCAUCUGACAGCAUAGAAAAAACUGAUUUUGACACAGCAAAGAAAGUCAUCAAAACACUUAUAGAUAAGAUUAGUUAUUACCAGGUUUCCCCAAACUAUGAGAUCCUGAUGUUUGCCUCAGAUGUUACACCCAUAAUCAGUAUGAGAAACUACAAGACUGUUAGUUCUGAAAGAAACCUGUUAGAGAUUUUUGAAAGGCUGGACAAUUUUACAUAUGAAAGUAAAGGUGAACGAUCAGGGAGUAAUAUUGCCAAAGCCUUUUCCACCAUUUUGGACAGUAUGGGAGUUGAAAAGCAGAACAAUAAAACACAAUUCCUUGAGACUCAACAUAUUGUCAUCAUGUUUACUGAUGGUCAUGCAAACAUGGGGGGUAAUCCCAAACCUAAAGUGGAAAAUAUCAAACAUCUUGUCACCCAAAAAGAUCCAUCAAGAGAUAAUAAACUGGAGGUUUAUGUGUUUGGAGUUGGAAAUGAUAUAAAUAAAGAGGACAUAAAUGACUGGGUGACAAAAAGGGAUAAUGAAAAGUUUUUCUUCAAUCUUCCAAACUUGCAAGAAGUUCAGGAGACAUUUGACCAGAUGAUAGAUGAUAGCACUAGUGUUGAACUGUGUGGGAUUCAACAUGAUUACACCAAAAACAGACGCCACGCAUUUCCCUGGUUGGCCCAAAUUAAAAUUUUACGUUCUUCAGGGAUGACAAAUUGCAUGGGGUCAUUAGUCACAUCGAGUUACAUCUUAACAGCAGCUCACUGCUUCAAAUUUGGAGACAUCCCAGAUGCUAUCAGCAUUGAUCUAAAAAGGCACCUGUCUGUAAAGGUGGAGCGAUUCUUGAUUCAUCCUCUAUAUAACAUUACGGCAAAACGACACAUUGGAAUACAGGAAUAUUAUGAAUUUGAUGUAGCUCUCAUACAGCUGACAAAAGCGGUUGAACUGGAUCGAGCUCUUCGGACAAUCUGUAUCCCCUGCACUGUUGAAACCAGUGCAGCUUUAAAACUUGCAGACCACGAAGUAACAUGCAAAAAACAUGAGGAAAUUAUAAUGGGUACUGAUCUUGUGAACGCUAAUUUCACAUCAGACAUGAAGACAGAAGAUAAUACUCCAAAAGCCAUAAGAACCAUCACGAUCAAGCAAAGAGGAAUGCGGGAUGCUUGUGUUGAGGAUGCAAAGAAAGCAGAUCUCAUCAAGGAUACAACAAACCUAACAUUAAAUGCAAAAGACAUAGUUACAGACAAUUUCUUGUGCAGUGGUGGUAUGACAACAUCAAGCACCGAUAACGUUGCUUGCAAAGGUGACUCCGGUGGCGCCACUUACCUGCAUAAAAAUGAUCGAGUAAUUCAGGUUGGUGUCGUAAGCUGGGGUUCAAAGGAGAUGUGCAAUGAAAAUAAGGACAAUGUCCUUUCUAAACCACAUACUAGAGAUUAUCACACAAAUCUGUUCAGUCCAGAAGUACGCUCAUUUCUUGCACAAUACCUAGGACCAGAAGAGGAGAGAAAAGGAACGCCUCUCACAUUCUUGCCAGUUUAAAACUAUACAUUUAUAUUGACUGUGUGCUCAAUUGUGAGUAAAUAUUUUGCUUUAAUAGGACAAUUUUUGUGUCAGAUUGCUGGUAAUUGUUUAUCCUAACCACUGUGCAAUAAAUCCAGUUUAUUAUUAAAAA